UGCAAGUCUUCGCGCUCGUCCCGUGGCGGAGCGACGACGUGUGAGCGGCGGGUGUACGGGAGUCUCUUCCUGCGAUUUUUGCAAGUUGCGACGUGAUUUGCGAUAACUCGUCCGAUCGUCAGCGCGUGGUCGCGGAAUGCCAGUCGUUUAAAUAACAUUUGCACGGUGUCCCUCGAACCGCACACGCUCGCAGGAUGAAUAGCUCGACAGACCCGAGGCGGCCGGACAAGGAGGUCCGCUACAAGCCACCGGGCUCCAACAGUCAGACGCACAUGCAGGACGACAUGACUCCGGAGUACAUGAACGUCAUAGGGAUGAUCUUCAGCAUGUGCGGCCUGAUGAUGAGGCUGAAAUGGUGCUCCUGGGUGGCGCUCUACUGCUCCUGCAUCAGCUUUGCCAACACGCGAGUGAGCGAGGACGCCAAGCAGAUCCUCAGCUGCUUCAUGCUGUCGAUAUCCGCGGUGGUCAUGUCCUACCUACAAAACCCGCAGCCCAUGGUGCCGCCGUGGGCGAGCGCCAUGCAAUAAAGUUCUCUCCUCUCGUCUUGUGCAAACGCCCCGCGGCGCAGCUCACCUCGUCGUCCUCGUCCUAUACACGAGUGCGAGAAAACUUGUACAUUUAAAACGGAUUCUGUUGGAACGAAUGAUUAUUUGUACGGAGAAGCCUUUCCCGCAACAGACGUGUGAACAAUAACGAGCUCGCUGUAAUAAUUUAUUAUCGUUACGCACGGCAUUGCGACACCGAGCUCCCGCUUACAUCGAUCAUCUCUGGUAGUCGUUCUAUGGUCACUUGGUAUGCAUAUACUUUAUAUACAGAUGUAGCGAUUUUUCUCAUCGUUUAUUUCUUAUAAAUAGCUCUAUGUUAAAAUUAAUUGUAUAUUCUGUGCAUUUUCUCUAAAGAUACUAUAAAUAUUACAAUAAAUGUUACAUUUUCUAAGCA